AUGCCCAAUUCCGGCGUCAAGCUCAAGACCCGCCAGACGGUCAAAGCGAAGACAAAGUCGCCGUUCGAAAGCACUGGUGCUUCAAAUUUCGCCAAUCAGGACGAUACAAGUGAUAUGGAUGUUGACAGCGAAACGAGCGAGGAAGGGGAUGAUGUUCCCGAGAAGGAUGACGCGGAAAAGAGACUUGAAGAGCUACUUUUUGGUGCAGAGGAUGGCUUCCAUGAAGCUCUGAAGGGCCAUCAGAGCGGGGCAUUGGUGCCUUUUGGCCAAAGCGAUGACGAGGGCAGAUUCGGCGAAGGAGAUAGCGAGGCUGGGGAUGGCGAUGAUGACCUGGAAAACGUCCCUGACGCGGAUCUUUUCUUCCUCGAUUCUGGUGAAGCUCCCACUACGACGGAUCUUAUUGAAGUGCAUGCAACACCGUCCGAUGCCGAAGACGAAGAAGAUGAAGUGGCUGCGGUCUGGCAUGACAGUGACGAUGAGCGGCUCACCAUCUCGCUAGCCAGCAAGCAAAGGCUAAGAAAGUUACGGGUGGCAGAAUCGGAAGAUCUGGUCAGUGGCAAGGAAUACAUCCGGCGCCUGCGCAGACAGUACCUGCGACUGCAUCCGGUGCCGGAAUGGGCUAAUCCAGAGUCGAUCAACAAGCGCCGAAAGAGGGCGGAUCAGGGCGAGGACGACUCCGAUGCCAGCGUCGCCGAUGAUAUGGAUACAGACGAAGAUGAUACCGAGUUAUCUGCGCAACCAUUGGCCAAGCUCCUCCAGAGUGCAACGGAGCUGACGAAGCUCGAGGAUGUGACUCGGACGGGUACCAAGAGAAAACUACGCCGGGAAGUUUUGGAUAUCCAGAGACUGAAAGAUGUUGGAGGAAACCAGCCGUCAUCUAUUGACUCUCUCACCUUCCAUCCUUCUUAUCCACUUCUCCUUUCCUCGGGUCCAGCUGCAACUCUUUUUAUACACCACAUCUCGCCCUCUGCACCCGCGCCCAACCCGCUUCUUACCUCGCUACACAUUCGUCGCACGCCUAUCCACACAUCUACCUUCGCCCCGCCUACGGGCAACAAGAUCUUCGCUUCCGGCCGCCGGAGAUACUUCCAUAUCUGGGAUCUAGAUACCGGCAAGGUUGACAAGAUCAACGGGACUGGUGACCGCAAGGAAGAGCAAAAGUCUAUGGAGCGCUUCAAGUUAUCGCCCUGCGGGCGCUAUAUCGGCUUGGUCGGUACAGCUCGUAAAGGGGGUGGUCUGAUCAACAUCCUCGACUCGGGCACCGCACAGUGGAUUGCCCAGGUCCGUGUUGAUGGCCGCGGUGGUGUUGCAGACUUUGCCUGGUGGAGCGACGGGGAGGGUAUGACGGUUGCUAGCAAGAACGGCGAGAUCACCGAGUAUGACUGCCGGGUUCGCCGGGUGAUCGCUCGGUGGGUCGAUGAAGGUGCUGUCGGCACUACGGUCAUCAGCCUGGGAGGUCGGUCUGGGCGAUCGCAGCUGGGCGGAGACCGCUGGGUGGCUGUUGGCAGCUCCAGCGGAGUGGUGAAUGUCUACGACCGCAGGGAAUGGGCGGAGGCACGUGCUGCUCCGGCAUCUUCAGAUGCAGCCGGCAUUCCACGCAAUCCCAAGCCUGUCCGGGCCCUCGAUCAGCUCACAACUCCCAUCAGUCAUCUUGUCUUUUCGCCGGAUGGACAGUUCUUUGCCAUGGCGAGUCGGUGGAAGCGUGAUGCCAUGCGUCUAGUCCAUCUUCCUUCUUGCACCGUAUACCGGAAUUGGCCGACGUCUAAUACGCCGCUUGGUCGCAUCUCAUCUGUCGCCAUCUCGCCAAACUCGGAUCAUCUAGCUGUCGCCAACGAGCAAGGUCGCAUCAGAUUGUGGGAGAUUCGAGGGUAG